AUGAAUUGAUGAGACAUGACUUGAAAAAUAAAGAAGAAAGCGUGGCGUGCUGUGCAACACCCAUAAUUUUAACAGGUCCCAGCAUCUAUAAAGACAACUCACACACUGCAGUUCUUGAACCAAAACCAAGAAAGAAACCAUGGUUGUGUCUUCAAAGGUUUCUGUUCUCUCAUCACUUCUAUUAUGUCUACUCUUUCUUUCAUCACUAUCAUCUGCAACUUCAGUUUCAAUGCAAGACAGUUUCAAGCAAUGCCUUACCGUCAAUUCUAACAUUCCAAUUCCAUUCUCUACAUGUUUUUACACACCAAACUCUUCUAAUUUCACAAGUGUUCUCCAAUCCUCUGCUCGGAAUCUGAGGUACUUGACACCAUCGGUGCCGAAACCCGAAUUCAUUUUCGAGCCAUUACAAGAAUCCCACAUCCAAGCUUCUGUGAUUUGUGCAAAACAGCUUGGAAUUCACUUGAGGGUGAGGAGUGGAGGACAUGACUAUGAGGGUCUCUCUUAUGCAUCAGAGAUUGAAUCUCCUUUCAUUGUUGUAGAUCUUUCAAGGUUGAGAUCAGUCAAUGUUGAUAUUGAAGAUAACAGCGCUUGGGUUCAAGCCGGAGCGACAAUUGGUGAAGCUUAUUACAGGAUUUCAGAGAAAUCAGAAGUUCAUGGAUUUCCUGCUGGACUUUAUUCAAGUUUGGGCAUUGGAGGGCACAUCACAGGUGGUGCUUAUAGUUCAAUGAUGAGAAAAUAUGGUCUUGGUGCUGACAAUGUUGCGGAUGCUCGAUUAAUCGAUGCAACCGGACAUGUACUCGAUCGAGCAUCGAUGGGGGAAGAUGUGUUUUGGGCAAUCAGAGGUGGUGGAGGAGCUAGCUUUGGCAUCAUUACUGCUUGGCAGUUGAAGUUGGUUCCUGUUCCUGCAACUGUGACAGUUUUUACAGUUACAAAAACAUUGGAACAAGGUGCUUCAAGGAUCCUCUAUAGAUGGCAAGAAGUUGCAGAUAAACUUCAUGAGGAUCUCUUCAUUAGAGUUCUCAUCAAUGUUGCCAAUUCUAGCAAUGGUGGAAGAACUGUAGCUACAGCAUAUAAUGCACUAUUUCUUGGUGAUGCAGACAGACUCCUCCAGAUCAUGAAAUCCAGCUUCCCCGAAUUAGGGUUAACGCGUAAAGAUUGUAUCGAAACGAGCUGGAUUCGGUCAGUUCUUUACAUGGCCGGGUACCCGGAUAACACACCACCAGAAGUUCUACUUCAAGGGAAGUCCUUGUUCAGGAACUAUUUCAAAGCCAAAUCAGAUUUUAUGAAAGAACCCAUACCAGAAACAGGGCUUGAAGGGCUAUGGAAGAGACUAUUAGCAGAGGAAUCACCAUUUAUGAUAUGGAACCCUUAUGGUGGAAUGAUGAGCAAGAUUUCAGAGUCUGAAACUCCAUUCCCUCACAGAAAUGGGAUCUUGAUGAAGAUUCAGUAUCUAACAUCGUGGCAAAGUGGGGAUGAGAAGAUUGCAUCAAAACAUAUGGAUUGGAUAAGGGAACUUUACAAAUACAUGGAACCUUAUGCUUCUAUGAAUCCUCGACAGGCAUAUGUGAAUUAUAGGGAUCUUGAUCUGGGUAUGAACAAGAAGGGCAACAGCAGUCCUAUCCAGGCUAGUGUUUGGGGUGCCAAGUAUUUCAAGGAUAAUUUCAAUAGAUUGGUGCAAGUGAAGACCAAGAUUGACCCAGAUAACUUCUACAGGCAUGAGCAGAGCAUCCCACCUCUUCCAGUUUCACUCAGAAAGAAAUCUAGAAAGAGGAAUUAGUGACGGAUUAUCCAUCCGUCCUUGUUUGUCUAAGAUUGUGAUUUGUAGAGAAGUAAACAGGAAUAAGAUUAUGUUUUCUGAUCUAAUUUAUGUGUUUCAGACGGACUUUUGUUUGGCCAGAAAAAUAAAUGUGUACAAGAUUUUGUUUGAUUUCUGUCAAUGAAUCUGAAGUUGGUGCGCAGUGCCUUCAAAGGGUUUUCAGAGUUUUCUUAGGACACAGAAGGAAAAUGAAAUGGAGUAGAUCGUCA